AUGCUUCGAUUUGCUUCCCGGAAAGCUUUCGUUCUGAGCGAUCGGCAAAUCGUGAAGGAUUUAAUGGAUAAAAGGAACAGUAUCACGAGCAAUCGUCCACCCGCGGAGAUCCUAGAGAACUUGCUUUACGAUGGCGACGAGAUGCUACUAUGGCAGCCCAGCAAUCCACGGUGGCGUACCGCGCGCAAAUUCCUUCACCAAAAUUUCAUGAGCUCAAUGGUUGAGAAUACGCAUAUGCCACUGAUCGACGCGGAAGCUACGCAGCUGCUUAGGGAUAUUCUUGAGGACCCUCAAAACUUCCUCCAGCACUCGAAGCGUUUUGGCAACAGCUUCAUGAUGAGCGUUGGAUAUGGAAUCCGAACACCAACGGUGCAGACGCGGCACAUGGUGCAGAUUGGAAAGGUAUUGGCAAGGACGACUGAACUGCUACAACCCGGUGGUUUGCCGCCUGUCGACCUAUUCCCUUUUCUACGCUGGGUUCCUCAACAAUUCCUUGGAUUUUGGAGGGACAAGGUAAGUCAAACGCGGAAGGAGAUCAACGACCUCUAUCUGGGAUAUUUUGACCUGGUCAUUGCGCGUAGAGAGGCUCAAGGGCGCGUGGAGUGUUUUGCAGACCGUGUGAUCGAGCAACAGAACAGUCUCCAGUGGAACCGCCACCAGCAGGCUUUCAUGGCCGGUCUCCUGAUGGAAGCAGGCUCCGACACGGUUGCCAGCGCCAUGAAUGCUUUUUUCAACCUGAUAUUGGCCAAUCCCGAAUGGGCCAAGAAGGCACAGAAACAGAUUGACGGAGUCAUUGGCGAAGACCGAGCUCCCACGCUCGCCGACCUAGAGAAGCUACCCAUCGUCAAUGCUAUUAUCAAGGAGACCCUGCGUUUAAAACCCAUUGCCCCUGUUGGAUUUCCUCAUGCUUUGACAGAAGACACCUGGGUCAAUGGACAUUUUUUGCCAAAGGGGAGCGACCUGAUCGUCAAUAUCUAUGCGAUCCACAGAGACGAGGAGAGGUUCCCUAAUCCAGAAGCAUUCGACCCGGGUCGUUACCUGGACAAGCCUGCUCUUGCGGACGAGUAUGCACACUUGGCGAAUUACGAGGCUCGAGAUCACUACAGUUACGGUGUCGGCCGCCGCCUGUGUCCAGGCAUACACCUGGCUGAGCGUGCUCUCUUCACCACGAUUGCCAAGAGCCUCUGGGCUUUUGAUAUCACUCCCCAGCUGGAUAGCGACGGCCGACCUUAUCCUAUAGACACCAGUAGCGAGACAGGCUAUGCCGACGGCGUGGCGAUCGGACCACUCCCAUUUCCUUGCGAGAUUAAAGUCCGAUCCGAAAGGAGAGAGAAGACGAUCCUGCAGGAAUAUGCGAACGCGGAAAGAACUGUCUUUCCCAUUUACUCUGUGCCCAAGGAGUAG